UCGCACAGUCGCAUGCUGCAUGUCUCAUGGAUGCGAACCAAUUCACCAUUUAACCUACGUUUUACACUGUGAAGCAAAGUGUUUUUUUUUUAUUUUUUUCGUGAUAAUCGUUCAAAUUAUUUUGUUUAUUCGUAAUCUGUGAACAAGUGCAAUGAACGAACGUUCAUUAAAAAAAAAGAAUAAAGUCUAUAUCUAUUAGGGACUGGAAAAGUUAAAGGAAGUUAACCUAGAACUAAUUACUUCCUAUGUUCGUAUUUUAGUAUAUAUCAUUGUUAUAAAAUAACCGAUAUUUUACGUUUCUCAAUGAAAUAAUCUGUGAUAUUGGGAUAAAGGAAAGGAAAUAUUAUUACGGUGUUUUGUACAAUUUUCUUGUUAUUAAUUGAUAAAAAGUAAACAUAACCUGUUUAUGAUACCAAAUAAACAAUGAGUAAAUACAGGAAGAAAGAAUCCUCAAGCGAGGACAGUGACAGCGAGGAGGAAAGACGUAAAAAAGAUAUUAAAGAAAGAGACGAGUUUGCCAAUCGACUGAAAGCAAAGGAUGAAAGUAAAAUACGAAAAGUGGCUAUGCCGGCUGGUUCAGGAGCAGCUGAAGCUGCCAAGAGGCUUAAAAUUAUGGAGACAGACAUGCGAGAAAAAUUGGUUCCCAAAUUGCGUGUUGAAUCUCGUAGAAAGUAUUUGGAAAAACGCAAGGAAGAUAAAGUGGCUGAAUUGGAAGCUGACAUAAUCGACGAUGAAUAUCUGUUUGAGGAAGAAAUAUUAACGGACCGCGAAAGGACAGAACGAGCGCAUAAAAAGCAAUUGCUUCAGUUGGCCAAAGAACAUGAGAAGGCAAGGGAACUCGAAAGAUUACAGCGUUACUAUAUGCCCUUGGAAAAGGGAAAACUUGCACCGGAAUUGGAAGUACACGAUAAUGAACCGCCACAAUCCGAGCAAAGCAAAUGGGAAUCCGAUCAAAUGUCUUCAGCUGUUUUCCGAUUUGGUGCGAAAGAUAGGAAAGCGCAACAGGACUAUGAUCUUUUGCUGGAAGAUGAAGUGGAAUUCGUCCAAGCGUUACGCAUGCCUGGCAGCGAGAAAAACAAAAAACGCGAAGAUAGCCCUCCGCCGCAAGUAAAAGCGUUACAAACUAUACAGGAGAUGAAAAAGAGUUUGCCGAUCUAUCCUUUUAGAAAUGAUCUCAUUCAGGCUAUCAAAGACCAUCAGGUGCUGAUAAUUGAGGGAGAAACCGGAUCAGGAAAAACUACGCAAAUUCCUCAAUAUUUGUACGAAGCUGGAUUUGCAGAAAAUAAUAAAAUUAUUGGUUGCACACAGCCACGAAGAGUGGCUUCGAUGGCUGUCGCUGCUAGGGUUGCUCACGAAAUGGCUGUGAAAUUAGGGAAUGAAGUGGGUUACGCGAUUCGUUUUGAAGAUUGCACCUCUCAUCGUACUCGUAUCAAAUACAUGACCGAUGGUACGCUGCACCGUGAAUUUCUCAGCGAACCGGAUUUGGCUUCUUACAGUGUUAUGAUCAUUGACGAGGCACACGAGCGUACUUUGCAUACAGACAUCUUGUUCGGUUUGGUAAAGGAUAUAACAAGGUUUCGAACAGAUCUCAAACUCUUAAUUUCGUCCGCCACAUUAGAUGCCACGAAAUUCAGCGAAUUCUUCGAUGAUGCGCCGAUAUUUCGGAUACCUGGCCGUCGGUUUCCUGUUGACAUUUAUUACACCAAAGCACCGGAAGCAGAUUACAUCGAUGCCUGUGUAGUUUCUAUUCUUCAAAUACACGCUACUCAACCAUCUGGCGAUAUACUGGUGUUCUUAACAGGUCAAGACGAGAUCGAAACGUGCCAGGAAAUGUUGCAAGAAAGAGUAAGGAGAUUAGGAUCGAAAUUAAGGGAACUGUUAAUUCUACCUAUAUACGCUAAUCUUCCAAGCGAUAUGCAGGCAAAAAUAUUUCAACCUACUCCACCUGGAGCAAGAAAGGUAGUUCUUGCCACGAAUAUAGCGGAAACGUCAUUAACGAUAGACAAUAUAGUAUACGUGAUAGAUCCAGGAUUCGCGAAACAGAAUAAUUUUAACUCCCGAACAGGUAUGGAAAGUUUAAUGGUCGUUCCAAUUAGCAAAGCCUCUGCGAAUCAGAGAGCAGGCAGAGCUGGAAGAGUGGCUCCAGGCAAGUGUUUCCGAUUGUACACGGCUUGGGCGUAUCAGCAUGAACUGGAAGACAAUACUGUGCCUGAAAUUCAGAGGAUCAAUCUCGGGAACGCUGUGUUAACGCUCAAAGCUUUGGGAAUAAACGAUUUGGUCCAUUUCGACUUCCUGGAUCCUCCGCCACACGAAACUUUGGUUUUAGCCUUGGAACAAUUGUACGCUUUAGGAGCUUUGAAUCAUCGUGGAGAAUUAACGAAACUUGGACGAAGAAUGGCCGAGUUCCCACUAGAUCCCAUGAUGGCGAAAAUGUUGCUAGCUAGCGAACAGUAUCGCUGCUCGGAGGAAGUAGCCACAAUAGCUGCCAUGUUAUCGGUGAACGGAGCUAUAUUCUACAGGCCUAAGGACAAGAUUAUCCACGCGGACACGGCACGAAAGAAUUUCCACAUACCUGGUGGUGAUCAUUUGACUUUGUUGAAUGUAUACAAUCAGUGGAGGCAGAGUGACUUUAGUACUCAUUGGUGCUACGAGAAUUUCAUUCAACAUCGGUCGAUGAAAAGAGCUAGAGACGUUAGAGAACAAUUGGUUGGACUGAUGCAGCGAGUCGAGAUGGAGCUUGUGUCUGGAAUCACAGAAACAAUGAAUAUCAGGAAAGCUAUUACAGCUGGAUAUUUCUAUCAUGUUGCAAGACUAUCAAAAGGGGGUCACUAUAAAACUGCAAAACAUAAUCAAACAGUUUCGAUUCAUCCUAACAGCUCGUUAUUUCAAGAGCUUCCGCGUUGGAUUCUUUAUCAUGAAUUAGUCUUCACCACAAAAGAAUUUAUGCGGCAAGUAACAGAAAUUGAGAGCAAGUGGCUUUUAGAAGUAGCUCCCCAUUAUUACAAACCAAAAGAAUUGGAGGAUUCUACCAAUAAAAAGAUGCCCAAAGUAGCAGGAAGAUCGCGCCCAGAUGGAACCAAUUAAUAGUAAAUGUAAUUAAACAUUCAUAUGUAGAUCUUAUAAUUUACAUAAAAACGAACUUCAAGAACAAUUGGUUUUUGCAACGCUAUUUUUUAAAUGAGACGUAGCUGGAAUAUCAAAUAUUACAAUUAAGCAAUUUGUACCUCUGUAGCCUAUAACUUACCAAUCCAAGAGCAAUGUACAAUAAAUACAUUUGUAAUUAAUAAAUCAUUUGAAAAAAGAAGCUAUACUAUUGUAAAUGCAUUUUAU